AAUGAAGACAUGUCUUCAAACCUGGCAUCCCUGGUGACAGUACAGCCACUAACGUCAUUGAACAUGUGUCUAUGAGAUUUUCGGUCGCGAUUCAUUCUAUACUUUUUCCAUCUUGUCAAGCGAAGAGGAGUUAGUGCAGUCAUUUCGCAACCAUGGCACCCGACAAAAAGCAGAAAGGACGUAACAAGAAAAUCACACUCGUCCAGAGCAGUAAAAAAGAUGAAAAACCAGCGUCCAACGGAGCCUCUAACGGGUCGUCCGAAAUGACUGAAGAAGAGGCUCUUUGUGCUAAGUUGGAUGAGGAAGCAAGAAUCAACGCGGAGGCAAGAGCUUGUACUGGUUCAUUGGCUGUGCAUCCACGAUCGCGUGAUAUUAAAUUUAGCAAUUUUUCAAUCACUUUCUUCGGUUGUGAAAUGUUACAAGAUACUAUGCUUGAGUUGAAUUGUGGUCGUCGUUACGGUCUGCUUGGUUCCAACGGAUGUGGAAAGUCUUCACUACUUGCGGUGCUUGGCAAUCGCGAAGUACCCAUUCCGGAGCAUAUCGAUAUAUUCCAUCUGACGCGUGAAAUUCCGGCUAGUUCCAAAAGUGCCCUUCAGUGUGUGAUGGAGGUGGACGAGGAACGAAUCAAGCUGGAGAAAAUGGCUGACGAAUUGGUUGAUCAGGAAGAUGAUGAGUCCCAGGAACGAUUGAUGGAUAUCUACGAUCGGUUGGACGAAAUGUCGGCAGAUCAAGCGGAGGCAAAAGCUUCAAGAAUUCUACAUGGAUUGGGUUUCGAUAAGAAAAUGCAGGCAAAAGCUGCAAAGGACUUUUCCGGAGGAUGGAGAAUGCGUAUUGCACUAGCAAGAGCAUUGUUUGUGAAACCACAUUUACUUCUUUUGGAUGAGCCGACCAAUCAUCUUGAUCUGGAUGCUUGCGUAUGGUUGGAAGAAGAACUGAAAACGUAUAAGCGUAUUCUGGUUAUAAUUUCCCAUUCACAAGAUUUCCUGAAUGGAGUUUGUACCAACAUUAUUCAUUUGACCCAAAAGCGGCUGAAAUAUUACACUGGUAACUACGAACAGUUUGUAAAGACCCGCAUGGAGUUGUUGGAAAACCAAAUGAAGCAAUACAACUGGGAGCAAGAUCAAAUAGCACACAUGAAAAACUACAUUGCACGAUUUGGUCACGGUUCGGCAAAAUUGGCACGUCAAGCUCAGUCCAAAGAGAAAACACUCGCUAAAAUGAUGGCCCAAGGUCUUACCGAGAAAGCUAUUGAUGAAAAACAAUUGAACUUUUGCUUUCCAUCAUGCGGUACGAUUCCUCCGCCUGUUAUCAUGGUACAGAAUGUCAGUUUUCGAUACAAUGACACUACUCCUUAUAUUUAUAAAAAUCUCGAAUUUGGCAUUGACUUGGACACUAGGUUAGCUUUGGUUGGCCCUAAUGGCGCCGGCAAAAGUACCUUGCUGAAAUUACUAUUCGGAGAUCUGGUGCCUACAGCGGGAAUGAUACGUAAGAACUCCCAUUUGCGCAUCGCUAGAUACCAUCAGCACUUGCAUGAGUUGCUAGACAUGGACCUCAGUCCCUUGGAUUAUAUGUUAAAAUCGUUCCCGGAAGUAGUGGAGCGGGAAGAAAUGCGAAAAAUUAUCGGUCGUUACGGACUAACGGGGCGCCAACAAGUUUGUCCCAUUCGACAGCUAUCAGACGGACAGCGUUGCAGAGUUGUCUUUGCCUAUCUUGCAUGGAAGAAACCACAUCUGCUGCUUCUUGAUGAACCUACGAAUCAUUUAGACAUGGAAACAAUCGACGCGUUAGCUGAAGCGAUCAACGAUUUCGAAGGCGGUCUGGUGCUCGUUAGUCACGAUUUCAGAUUGAUCAACCAGGUUGCUAAUGAAAUUUGGAUAUGUGAAAAGGGCACUGUUACGAAAUGGAACGGUAAUAUUUUAGACUACAAAGAACAUCUGAAAAAGAAUAUCAUAAAGGAAGCAAAUGCCGUUGGUAAAUAGACAUUGUGACCGAAUCAUCACUUUAACUACGAAUUACACAAACAAUAUCUUAUCUACUCACCCGAUAAUUGCAAACAAUAAAAGAUGCGUCUGCUAAGCAUAUUUAACAUAAUAAUGAAAAUAGUGACAAUUAUAGACCAGAUAUUCUCUUCCCCUGGUUCCAUAGUAUUGAAUUUAUUGGCAAGGCAGUGUAGAAUUAUUUUAAUAAAAAAAACGUAUUUCUUAAUUAUUUGAAAACAUUGAUCUAUCCGUA